AAUCAAACGGCAGCUCUCUCACGACGAUUUGAAGAGGAUUUGCAUCAUUUGAUAUUAGAGCAAGUUUCUUCGUUGAGAAAUUGAGAUAAGAGAUUAGCAUCAAAGAAAAUGGCAAGGGGAAGAGGAAGCAGGGAUCUCUUCAAUCUUGGUGACCCAUUUACUGGUUUUGGGGGCUUUGGAGAUCAAAGAAGCCUAUUAUCUAACUUCUUCGAAAAGGACCCAUUUGAAGAUCCUUUCUUCACUCGCCCCUUUGGAAGCAUGUUCGGUGCUGGCAUGCUUGGGCGCAACAUGUUUGGCCCUGACAUGCUUGGGCCUAGCAUGUUCGGUUCUGGCAUUCUCGGCUCCGGCAUGCUCGGGCCCAGCACAUUCGGCCCAGGAGGGAGCCCUUUCAGAGAUAUGCGCAACGUUGAAAUUGUCGAGCAUCAAGAUCCUCAUCUCAAUAAGUCAAAAGGAGUAGUUAUUGAAGAGCUAUCAUCUGACAGUGAAGAAGAAGAAGAUAAAGGCACUAGGGAGAAGAAAGAUAACCCUAGAAAGCAUUCUAGGCUGGGUAAAGAACCAUUUGUUCAAGACCCGGACGACGAAACAGAAGAUAGGAAGAGGAAGCAUGCUCAUUAUAUGAGUGAAUAUAGCAGGACAGAUAGAAUGCAGCCGCAAACUCAGACCUUCAGCUUCCAGAGCUCCAAGGUAACAUAUGGUGGUGCCAAUGGAGCAUAUUAUACUUCAUCUACGACUAGAAGGACGGGUGGUGAUGGUUUGACAGUGGAAGAGAGCAAAGAAGCUGAUACGACUACUCGUAAAGCAACUCACAGGAUCUCCAAAGGAAUUCAUGAUAAGGGCCAUUCAGUUACAAGGAAGCUUAACUCGGAUGGAAAGGUGGACACUAUGCAGACAUUGCACAAUUUGAACGAAGAUGAGCUUCCUGAUUUUGAGGAGACUUGGAAGGGAAAUGCAAGAAAGCACUUGCCUGGAUGGAACCAGGGAUUCGAUGUGAUCCAGAGUGGUCAUAUGGGACGAGAAAGUAGUCAUGGCGGGCAAAACAGGCAGAUGUCAAGGGGAUGGGCCCUUCCUUCGACAGAGUCACCACAGAACCCAGAGAGGACGCAAUCACGUGGUAACGCCAGGUUCAAUUCUUCCAAUGGGAGAGCAUAAGCAGUUGCUGAUAGUAGUUUGUGCAUGGGUUCUAUGCAACCCAUUACAUGCCCCGCUAAAACUGAGCUGGAGCUCUCUCUCUCUCUCUCUCUUUCUCUCUCUCUUAUGUUUCUUAUCUCUAAAGAUCUCUUUGCAUGAUAGGAGCCGCUUGUUCCUAAUACCCUGCUGGAUUUGGUUACUUUUCAUGCAUAGCAUCGGCUUACAUGGGCAUGUAUAGGUACAUAUACACACUGAAGGGAAGGGAAGGGAAGGAAGAUGGGCUGUGGGUUAUACUGUAAAACCUUUUCACCUCGCAUUUGGUUGGAUGUGAUGUGCACACUGACCAUAAACUUACAUAGACCUUGAAAUUCAAGAUUAUAUGGACGUGGCGAACCAUAUGUCACCACGAACCUGCCUGUCCAUGCAGGUAUCAGCUUGCAUGGUAUUCCUGUAUGGAAGUUCUCCACAUGUGAUUUAUGACUAAUAUUGGUGUGCCUA